CUUUCGUUAAACGUCGGGCUGUGUUCAUCCGUGCUUGCUUACUUAUUUAACUACUCGAGACUGCACCCAGUGAUGAACGAGGAACGAGACUAUGGAUUGGAAGGCUGGGAUCGAUCAGAAACAAACUCAGGAAUACCUUAUUACAUAAAUCACUAUACAGAGAGGACGCAGUGGGACCAUCCAAAUUUUGUUAAGUUUAUGCAAUAUUUAGACACGUUCAACAACAUCCAAUAUGGAGCUUAUCGUGCUGCUGUUAAACUCAGGGCUAUGCAAAAGUUUCUUAAAUUCCAUGUUGUUGCCAUGUCAACGAUUCGUAGCGUCUUUGAACAGCACGGUUUCCGUGAUCGCAACGAUUCAGUCAUGGACAUUAUGGAUUUGCUCGGUAUUAUCACUGAUAUUUACUACAUGACGAAACAGAUGAUGCCAAAGUUGAUCGAUGUCCCAUUACAUUCUGAUCUUCUUCUUAAUUGGAUACUUAAUCUUUACGAUAUAGGUAGAACUGGUUGCAUUCGAGUACUCUCUGUUAAGAUUGGUCUAGUAGUAAUGAGUGCAGCAACAAUCACAGAUAAAUACCUAUAUCUAUGCGAGCAGCUUUGUGAUUUAAAUGGAACAAUUGGAAAAAAAUCUAUGACUGCUUUCAUGCAAGAUAUGAUGGCUGUUGUAGAUGCAAUCUACGAAGUGUCAGUGUUCGGUGGAUACAACGUUAACUCGUCAGUUACAAGCGCAUUUGAAUCGUGCAUGGGAUCAGUUUUAAUGCAAGAGAGUUUUAUGAAAUGGUUAAUGGCUGAACCGGAGACAUUGGUUUGGUUACCCACAAUGCAUCGCUUAUCAACGGCUGAGACAAUGAAACACGAAGUUAAGUGCAAUAUUUGUAAAGCAUUUCCCGUUGUUGGUUUCCGCUACAAAUGUUUGAAAUGUUUCAACUUUGAUCUUUGCCAAGAAUGUUUCUUCACUAAUCGCUCCAGUAAAAAUCACAAGCACAGUCAUCCUGUGCAAGAAUUCGUAGUCGCUGCUUCAACUAAAGAUGACGCCAAAGCAUUUGCCAGAACUGUUAGAAAUAGAUUCAGUAAAAAACAUAGAAGACGAUUUAAGCUUAAUUACUUGCCAAUUCCACCAACCAGCGAUUACGACAGUUCAUAUGAAACGGAUUUGAACCGUUCAGAUUCAGAAAUGCAUUCCAAGAUCGGAAAGCUGUCGAAAAGACUGGCAGAGGUAGAAGAGACUUCUGCUCCAGUCAAAGUAGAUAAGCCACAACAAACUGAUGCAAGUUUAAUGACGGAUUACGUCAGACAUCACAGUCAGUAUUCCAGUAAGACGUCCAUUGCAUCAGUGAAAGAAGUCAGAGAACUUAAAGAUCUUAUAGAAGAGCUUGAAAGAGAAAAUCGGAGGUUGGUUAUUGAAGUGGAAAGGUUGCGGAACAAAGAUGCAUCAGAAAGUGAUGUCAGCAGAAUGACAGCUGAGCAUUGGAUGGAACAACACGAUGAACUGAAAGCAAAACAGGAAAUAUUAGAAGAACAUAAUAAACAGUUAGAUUUACAGCUCAGAAGACUAAGAUUAUUACUCAGUCGGGAGCCCCGGUUGUUGGCGCAGACGUCUCUGUCACCACCAUCACCAGGAAUACGUCCUGAUUCACAUCGAAGAUUGAAACCGACGUCACGAAGACCAUUGGACAUAUCGGCACCAGCGUUUUUGCAUACAUACCAAUCACCAGCCGGCCAAUCAAGGCAAUCAACGCAGGCUUACGAUACCAUUGACAGUCGACUCUACCCUCCACAUCUUGUCAAUCAAAGCACAGUACAUUACCCAGAAGUCAAUGCAUCAAAGAUGUUUCCAUCAGAGGAAGCCGAAUUGGAUGAUCUGUUGAGGAGGUUAGACUCAGCUUAUCCGCUGAACACCACAGAUAGUCACUACCAUGGCGAUGGAAAUGACAUGAUGGUGGCUGCACAGAAAGUUGGAGAAGCCAUGACGUCGUUGGUUUCCCGAGCAACAAGACAAUAUGCAGAAUAAACGUACGCAAAGCAGUUUGAAGGAUUCUUCAUAGACAUUAUGUGAUUUCAUUUGGUCAGCAUUAAGUGCAGGGAUUUUCACUAUGACUGGAUUUUUAUUAUUUGUUUGAAGAAUGUUCAAUGCAAAGUUUUAUUUAAAUUAUUAUACACUUUUAUUAUGCAUUGUAUAUCCAAUGCCAAACUUAUUGUUUAAUCAAAAUUAUUAUUGUAUUCUAUCAAUCAAAUUAUUAUAUUUAACGUACCAGUAGAAACUGGUUCGCCUUUGAAGUUAUUUUGAAAUAUAUACAACAUUCAUCUGUGCGGGCGACAUAUUUCACACGUUGCCACCUUGACGAUUGUUGCCCUUCAAGUUUGUAAGUUAAGUUUAUUGUCUGAGAAUCACCAAUUGUUUAAUUGAUGCAUAUGAUCCAAGACUUUUGAACAUCACUCACAUUUUAUUAUGUAUAUCUAUUAUUCUGUUGGUAUUCUCAGGGACAGGGAAUACACACAUGGCCUUUGAUUUAUUUCCUAUUUGUGUACAUGAAUUAAUCCAAAGGAAUUGCAUUUUUAUUGUUAUUUCUAAGUUAUUAAAAUGUCAGUCAUGCCACACCACGUUCGAUAUGGGGUUCAUACCAAUCGUUUUGCCAUACUGUUUGAUAUGGGGCUCAUACCACAUAUGAAAUG